AACUCAGGUACCAGUUUAUUAUCUCACAAUUUUACAUUGACCUAACACAAAAUAAUAAAUAAAACAAAAUAGGACAGUAAUACAAUACACAACAUUUUACAUUUGUCGACAUCAAUCAUAGAUAGCCUACAACUCUAUUCGGUUCGUAGACGCAGUGACGCCCGUAGUCCGUACGGCAGUGGCGCGACUCGGGCCGAGCGUUCUGCACGUAUAAACACGCUCGUCAUCAGCCCGAGUACUCGAUUCACAUUCCAGCACACUAACAUCACAUAAAACAAAAGAUCGAUAAUAGAAUAUACUAAAAAUCAUUUAAAUUAUCGAUUACAAGACAAAAGCCGCAGUGCAGAUUUAAAAUAUUACGACCGUUUUAUAAAGUGUCUUCGAUGGCAACAUCGAUAUCGCAUGGCGAACCGGCAUCAACACUGUAGUCAUAGUGACGCGUUUAUGUUGACACAAUUUUUUUUUUGUAAAUUUUCAAAAUACCUACGUAAGUUGCAAUGACAAAAACAUUCUGUAAUUUCAAUAGCAGCUAGUGUUUGUGUCACAUAAAAAUGGGAAAUGGAAUGAACAAGGUACUCCCCGGCCUAUACGUGGGCAACUACAGAGACUCUAAGGACACCGUACAGCUAGAGAAAUACAAGAUAACACACAUACUAUCCAUACACGAUGCCGCAAGAAGACUACACUCUGACAAGCACUACCUCUGCAUAAUGGCGUCUGAUUCACCAGACCAGAACUUGACACAGUACUUCAGUUUAUGUAACGACUUCAUACACGCCGCGAGACUCAGAGAAGGCAACGUCCUUAUACAUUGUUUGGCGGGAAUGUCUCGGAGCGUGACAGUUGCCGUUGCGUACAUAAUGUCGGUGACACCCCUAACAUGGCGAGAGGCAUUGAAAGUUGUCAGAGCGGGUCGAGCUGUUGCCAACCCUAAUCUCGGCUUCCAGAGGCAACUCCAAGACUUCGAAACUUACAAACUAGUUGAGGAGAGGAGACGUUUAAAAGAACGGUAUCCGUCACUGGCUCUAGCCGAGAAGGAUUUAUCGGAAUGCCGCAUCAUGCUCGAUUCCUACCAGACGAUGCUGAGCGAGAGAACCAUUUGCGAAGGAAAGUGCGCCAUGGGCCGGCAGUGUCCAACUGGCGUUUGCAGGACCGCGUCUAAGAGACAGCCUCGACCGCGAAAGGCCGCGGCGGCUUCUAGCUGCGACGCCGGAACAACGGCGAUGAAACGAUCACCGUCCACACUGUCCACUACUUCCACUGCUUCUGGUUACCGACCGAGAUCAUCCCCAGCCGGCUUGUACAGCUACACCGGCGGUCCCUCGAGACCGACCCGUUCAGCGUCUGGUCUGAGCGUGACCCGCGUGACGGACUCGAGCGGGCUCGGCUCGGCGAUGGCGGUGGGCGGCACGGAGUACUCGCGGCGCCGCGCGGCCUCGGCGCCCGCUACGCCGGCGCUCUCCCCCGCCUCCUCGCCGCCCGGCUCGCCGCAUCGUGCUCCACAUAGGCCUGGCUGCUCUUGGAUCAUUCCCACAGUGAAGUGGGACCCCAACACAAUGUAGUAACGAGUGAAGCAGCCUUAAUCACCUCGCACCGUCAGAAGGUCACGUGCUCUACAACGAUGCUCUUAGCAGUCAUUUUAAUGUCGCUCUCCAUCCGCCCAGCACCGCCCAGCACCGUCGAACACCAUCCAACAUCCUUAUGCUCAACCUGCCAAGUCCAGAUUUAUGCGCUGAAUCAAUUAUGUCGCUUACACGAAGCGAGUUUGCCGAUUUUUAGUCAAUUUGUAAUUGAAACCGACCAAAUUGCGUUCGUGUGUCAAAGACUAAAUUUAUGCAGAAAUCUAGCUAACAUUAGUAAGGAGAUUGUGUGGUUUGCCUUUUUGUAUAAUCCUGUAAAGAUUGGAAGGUCGUUUCGCCAACGAUUUAUUAGUAAUGUUCUUGUUUUGGCGAUGCGAAUGGAUGAUAGGUAUAUGUAUGUGUAAAUAUCAAAAGCACAGUGACUUGGAAUGUUCGAUUCAAUACCUUAAAAGGACAGUUGAGUGAUUACAAAUUCUAUUUUAUCAAGGAAAUCGGUAAUUGUGUAAUGAAGUGUCCGAAAAACAAUUUAUGUUACGUAUUGUGGAAUGUGAUCGGAAAAAAAUUUGAAUUAGGAAGACCUUUGAUGAAACAUGUUGAUUGUUAUAAUAUAAUUAUAAAAUGAAGAACGUAUUUAUGAGUUAAAAAUAUUGAAACCUUUGGCCUUUUGGGAUGUCAUCGGUUUGUUUAUGAGAAAGUGUAUGAUAUAUUUACGUAUUUUUUUUAAAGAAGCACCUAUUGGUGGAUUUUAUUAGAUCCGAUCAUAAAUAUAUAUUAACAUAUUCUAAUAAAUCUCGCCCCUAUUGAAUGUUCUAUUUCCAAGGAAAAAGUAAUCUAAGAUAUUAAAUAGAUUGUUUAAAAGAAAAGUUGCCUUUUUGAAAAUAAGCAAAGGAAGCUUAGCGUAGAUGUGCAGAUAAACGUGAAAGUUCAAGUUACUUAGAAGAUAAGGCACAAUUUGAAGUUAAGUAAGUAUAAAGAAAGAGGCUUAAAGCCAUAAUGGAAAUGAGUAGUUUUAUGGUCUGCUUUUGAAAGCAAUAAAAAAAUGGUAGAAAUUUGUUCUUGAAAAUUAAAUUUGGUAAGAAACGAAUGUAGAGUUUACAACCCUGUUUUCAAAUAAAACACCAUUAAUAUAAAGGGUACUACUACAUAUUUAAAAAAAUCUUUGGUUCAUAUAGACUUUGAUCAAUAUAAGCGGGAUGUAAAAUUUAAAAUAAAGAAAAAUAAAUGUUCAAUUAAAAAAAAAACUGCUGUUGCACUGGAAUUACUUUCAACAACGAAAUACUUUCUUGAUUUAUUUGAAUCGUACCUAUCAAUGUUCUGGGCGAAGUGCUUUUCUCGUUUUUAUUCUUGUGAAAUAACUAAACAUACAUAAAUACAUUGAACUCGAAUUUUGUACUGAAACAUAAUAGCACAUUAAUGCGAAAUCUCAUUAACGGUUUUAAAUUAAUUGUCUACUAAACAAGGUAACAUCGUAAAGCAGGAUCUUCGACGAAUUAAAUUUUUAUGGGCGCGUUAAAGUCGAAAAUAAAUGUUAUGGGAGUGUUAAAUUGUAUUGCUCAAAAUGAAUAAUUCAAUUCCGUUCUCUAUACUAUUGCACAAUUGAAUGAAAAAUUUGAUUUUUAAUAUGAAGAAAAGCAAUUUUUUGUAGUUAUGACUUAGAUUUAAUAAUCCGGCCUUCCGUGGAAACAAAAAAAGAACAACUAAAAACCAAUCACAAGAGCAUCUUCGCUAUUUGUAAUAAAAAUAAUGGAAAUUCAAUCAUGAAUCUUUAGUUGUGGUGCUUCGAUCAACAAUAGUAACAUUGUUGAUCGAAGUUGUGGUGUUAAUAAAACCUGUAAUUAACGAAAGUAACGUACAUAGUUCUUAAAUUUUAUGGUGGCUUACGGAAGAGCUAAGCCGAAAAGUCACUUAACUACUAUCCUAAGCUAUGAACGGAAAAUUAUAUUAAUUCACUAAGAAUAAACAUUUGUUGUUUUAGUAGGAUCGUACGUAAAUGUAUUCACUAAGAAUAAACAUUUGUUGUUUUAGUAGGAUCGUACGUAAAUGUAAUAAAUAAAUUCAAAGAAUCGACCGGUACAAUAAGUACUAAUCUGAACUGCACAAAAUGAAUCUAUCUCCAAGCCAAAUUUUAUUUAUUUAGAUUAGUUCGCGAAAUUGAAACCUAUUUAUUAAUUAAAAAAAUUAAACAAUUCUCGGUUGGUCGUAGACAUAAUUAAAACUGAUUUUACGGUUUGAUCUCGUGUUUUUAUCAUCAAUACAUAUAAUAUUAUAUAUCAAUACAUAUAUAUUUCCGAUGUUUCCAAUACUUUCAGUUUUCGUGGCCCCGGACAACGUAGAUGUUAUUAUUCGAUAUUUGAAAAUUGUUUUAAAUAUAGGAUAUAAUAUGAAGAUACUAAAAAACGCGACCAUCAAAGUAAUUUUUAAUAGUUUUUUUUAUUUAUUUAAUUACAUUUAUUGCCAUAUAUAUUAAAUUCGUGUCUUUUGCGCUCAUGGAAUACUGGUAUUGAAGUAUUUUGGGUGCAGGUUUUGAGCGUUUAUCAAUAUGGGAGUCAUUGGGAGGGUAAAGGCAACUUGACGUCAGAAAUUCUGGGAGUCUUCAACAUAUUGGAACGGUAACUCACGCCUGAGGAAAGACGUUUACUAUACAAAGCAUAAGUCCGGCCUCGCGCGGUGUACUGCUCCCACCUCUGGGCCAGGGCUCUCAAAUACCAAUUACUUCCAUUUAAGUCCAUACAAAAUAGGAUCGUUCAAAUUGUUAUUAAUCCCAUUUACAUGGAUGAUCGGAAGGGUCUACGGAUAGUCUUCAAUUCUCUCUGUGUUUUGUACCGUAUGUUCCAUAGGGUGCUCUGAAGAAUUGUUUGAGAUGAUGCGAUCAUCUCCUUUUAAACAUUGCACCGCCGGUCUCCAGAAUAGAGCUCCUCCAUAUUAUCUAGAACCACUGCGUUAUCCACAGUGCUUUCAGUGAGAUCUUUUCUGCCAUGUACCGUCCAGUUUUGGAAUGCAUUCCCUUCCACAGUGUUUCCAAUCCGCUAUGACAUGUCUUUCUUCAAACGAGGCCCACGAAGAGUACUCAGCGGUAAAAAGCGGCGUAGCUCUGCCCCUGGCAUUGCUCACAUCCAUAAACGAUUCUCGUUUGCCUGUAAGGGCAAUAAAAGUAAAAAAAGAUUUAUGGGAUAAAAAAUCUAUUGUUGGUGGAAUAGUCUUGGCUAUGCAGACUACGUCCCUUUUGCCGAUACAGGGGGAAAACAACUAAAUCUCUGAAAACCACAUACUAUUUUUAAAAUAAGUUUUAAAUAUUUGCAUAUCUUUCAUUCUUCUACUAUAUUAUAGGCUUAGCCGGAUUAGGAAAUUGUGAUUUAGAUGCCUUUAGCUCGGUGGCGAUGUCAUAAUUAGAUUAGCGUUUAUUAGAUUUAUAAUAAUAAUUAAGGUCUUCAGGUAUUUAGUAAAUAUUUUAGUGCGUGAUUACACGGUACACUUUAAGUACCCAUUAAUGAUUCUAAACCAAAAAUGUUCCACGUUUAAUUACUAAAUACCUGAAACAAUUCGAGAUGCUGCCACUGUAGCUUUGUUACUUAUUUGUAUGUAAAGAUUAGUUGGUAAAAAUAUCUAUUCUUCUUUAUUAUUAAGUAAGGUAAAUUUUGUUCGCCUUAAACCAAAUCCAAUAUAUUUAAUUUAAUUUACAUACUGUAAAUACAUUUCUCUCGAACUUUGUUAUUUAAAUAUGAAAUUGUGAUAAUCUGGAUUUUAUAGUUUUUUUGUUUUUUUUUUUAAUCGUGAUGUUGUCAACUAUUCCCGUGGUCGUUGCUAGCAUUUAUCAUGUAUCUUAGUUUCUAUUUAGCGAUUGAUUUAAAUAAACUGUUGUUGAAAAAUUUAUGCUGUACAGUUAUAACUAAUGAAUGUACGAAAACACUUUGGAAUUGAUGCGUUUUGCAUUUACUUAUAGUUUUUUUAACUGGCCUCUUGAAAGCAGUAUCAAGCAUAUCGCAUAAGCAUAGAUCUUCGACGCAAGUCUCAAAGUUGCUGACGUCAUACGUAUAUUGACUAUGGGCUUUGGUGACCACUUAAAAGCAAGUCGGCUCAUUGGAUGUUAGGUGAGCUCGCUUACCCAUCUAAUAAAAUAAAUUAAGAAGUUACCUACCAACUUCUAUUCGCUCCUUAAUACAAUAACAAUAAUUCAUUUAACAAUAACAUAAGUUCAGCAGUUUUCGUUGUUUAACUUAUAGGAAAACAAAGGAUUUUAUUAUUAUUAGAGAUUGCCUGUGAAGCCAUUUAUAAAAUUUAUAGUAUUAAUUGCUUACUGAAUCCCAUAGAAAAGAGCUUGAAGAAUCAAUUAUUUGACAAAUUAUCUCUAGUCGACGACCAGUAGAAAUUACAAUUGUUAAAAUGUAAUUAAGCCGUUAAAGGUAUUGGUAUUUGGACGAAUACAUGACAUUUUAACAAACUAAGUAGGUACUCUCCACAUGUGACGUGUGUCUGUGGCAACAAUGCGAACAACAAUCCUGUUAUUAUGGCCGUAUCAUUAUAAAACUCACGGGAUAACACGAAUUAAAAUCACGUACUAAUUAAGAAUUUUGUGCACUAAACCACGUUAAUCUAUUAAUAACAUGAAACAAAAAAUUAAUUCUGGAUGUUUGUUUGCGAAAGAUAUAAAGUAUGUUAAACGUAUAAUUGUGUAUAUUUUUUUAAAUAAAUAUAAAUUUGAAAUA